AUGAUAAUUUCAUAUGAAGAGAUUAAUAGUUUGGGACAUAUAUUUGUAUUGCCGACCGGCGAUAACAAAAACAGUAAGUGUGAUUGAUGUAACAGCCAAGCUCCCUGGAAACGGUACGCUGUUCAGUGUAAAAUGGCGCCGGACAGUACAUUUGCAGACAGAUGAUCAUGAUGGAUGGGCAAUAUUUGUCUUGUUACUUGAUUCAUUGCUUUCAUCUGGACAUAGCCUGUGUGGAUUUACAGAAAUAGAGCUCGUCACCAUAUAAAUCACAGACAUGAAACCCAUUGAAGUGAGUGAGGAGAACUUUGAGGCUCUUCUUGUCUAUGAUGAUUUAUUCCUGGACUACUUCAAUGCUUUCCUGCAACUACCAGCAUUUCCUCAACCACUGUAUUACAAUCGUCUGACGGGAACCUUUCAAGAAGUGGAUGACGAUGGCCAAAAGACAACUUCUGCUCUGGCGUCCAUCGAAGAGGGCAUCCCAGGAUCACGGCUGCGAUUGCGUCACGUCGCGGCGUAUGCCCCUGGAGACGAGGAGAGAGAACGAAUCCUUGACUGGGCCAAAAAAGAGAGGCUACCACUUUUUUUAAGAACAAAGCUCUUCCUAGAGUACAAGCUAUGCAAGCUGCUGCUGCGGCCGUUGGAUGAGCGCCGGCCGGCCAGCCGCCAGAACUCCUCCCGUGACCUACGAGGUUACAGCCGACAGACUACCAGCUUCACGUCCACCUCAGCCAGCUUAGCCCAGAGCCGUGAGCCGUCCAUGUACGACAACGAAGGCAGCGAGUAUGCGUACUGGCUGGAUGAGAACGAACGCAUGGCGAUGUUUAGAUAUCUGCGACCGGGCAGUCGGUGCAUCAGUCUGCCACCCAUGUUAGACAUUGGCCCAAGCAGUCCUUUGUGGAGUAAUGAAGUCCACUCGGACGUCCCUGCUGCAGUCAGGAACGUCGGUCACCGCGAUACCGCCGUAACCAAACCAUCCAGUAAGUCGGCAUCAGGCCGGCGCUCAGUCAGCAAAGUGGUCCAGCUACCUCCUAGCACUCAGCCAGAGCCAACUGAGAAUGGCUGGGUGGCAGACAACAUGUCAGAGUUCACGGAGGACGUCCAGCGGAGGUUGAGUCUCAACGGGGAUGCUGAGAGUAGCUCGAAACACGAGGGAGGGGCAGUCAGUAGAAAGAGCGCCCUCAGGAGUCCAGGAAUCAAAGGACUAUCACCGAAGAAGAAAACCACCAUCAUGAUCCCAAGUACAGACGACACUGUCAGCCAUACGCUGGAGGAAUCUAGCAGCACCUUCCAAUUCUUAGACAGGGUUCCUUCUCCUUCUGACGAUUUCCCUGCCCAACCUCCGGCCCGUAGCCCCACCUACCAGACCUCAUUAGAGCAGAGCCUGCUGGCUGGAGAUGCUGAAGAUGAAGAAGUAGAUGAAGAAGAAGAGGAAGCCACGGGAACGGCAAGUGUGAUUGAGUAUGAUGACGAGGAGGACGAGAGGACAGAGUCUGAGCUGAGAGAGAUGGAGGGACGGCACCGAGUCACCUUUCAGCAGCUCAAGGAUCACAUGAUUGGCAGUUUGGAAGGCAUGGGAUACUUCAAGUCAUUCCUGAGUGGCACAGCUGGGGAGGACAUGAUGAAUUUUUGGUUAGACUGUGAAUUGUACAGUGACAACGUUCAAGCCAUACACCUCGGGGAGACCGCAACAAAUUCAACCAUGACCAGGUUAUUUAGGGACAUACAGGAUAAGUACAAGUUCAACUUGACUUCCGACGCCAAGGAACAAAUCAAAAGAGCGCAGGGUAACACGGGGCUGAGUGAGUCGGUCUUCACACGGACCCAGUAUGAUGUCCUGAGGAGGAUGCGCUCAUACUGGGUGGCUAGGUUUGUCCUGCACAAGGAGAGAACGGGCAACCUAAGCUCUGAGAAGCACCGUUUGCAAACCUCCGACAUGGACAAUGAUCCCAAGAGUCCCCAGCUCUCCUUCCUGCCCUCCAUCUCCCUGGUCAACAGCCUCCCUGUCCGUCCGUCCUCCUGCGUCCGACUGGCUUCCUCUAGCCGAGACUGGAGUAAAGUGGCCAUGGGAGGGCGCCGUAUGGAGGAUGUGGUGCAACCGGGUCGUCUUGUAGACCUGAAUGCGGUGCCGUACGUGCCCAGGCCGCUGUCAGCCAGAUUUCACGUCGGGCUGGCCUGCGACAGAGAAGCGGGGAGGCCCUUCCAGCGCCACUUGGAAAGGCAAGUGGACAUGAAGCUACUUGCCAAUCUUCUCUUCUGGCAAGAUGUGACAGAUUACGGAGCUGCAGAGGACCGUGCUGCCGAUAGACUACUGCGCAUGGGACACGCGUGGUCUAUAUUCAACAAGUUUAUCAUGGAUGGGGGCAUGUGGAACAUAGGUUUAGAUCCUUAUGAGAGAGACAACAUCCACCGCCGACUCUUAAUGACCAGUGACUUUGUGGAGGCGUCCACCUUCAACCGUGCCAAGGAAUAUGCAGUGUUGAUGCUCCAGAGGGAAUGGUUAAUGUACCUGAAGGAGGACCUUAGGGAAUUCUUACAGUGUAGGGCCAGGCCCGAGGACAGGUUUUCCUCCAGAAGUUCCCACCGUUCAUCUGCCAAAUCCGCCGUUCUUGAGAAGGCACAGUCUAGUCGCCAAGUCCAUUUUAGGUUAACUAGAGCCAGUGAUGAGGACAGUUACAGUGAGGAAACAGAGUCCAGCGAUCAUGAUGAUAGCAGUACCCCAACGAAAAUACCCAAACGCCAGCCGCGUAGCCAGCGCCGUCAGUCCAAGGCCGGCCAAGCCCGUCAGAAGAGUCGAGAGCUCAGCCCUGCCUCCAAGAAGAAAGCCCAGCAGAAGAAACGCAAGGAGCAGCUAGCCAUGCAGAAGAAACUGCUCCGGCAGGUCAAGAAAGCAAGAGCCGAGGCCAAGAAGAAACCGGGGGUGAAAUUUCAGACCGACCAGGACCAGGGGAAAGGGGACGGGGCGCGGGCUGGGGGGAACAAGGGGACCGGGGGCAAGGGGAAGGAGGAACAAGGGGGCACCGUGCCACAGAUACAGACCUACCAGCCGCCGGAUGUGAAAGUGUCAGAAGAGAGCAGAGAGGAUGCCACCUUCAAGAAAAUGGCCAAGAACAAACAGCUGAUGAACUUGUUCAAGAAUUACAUGCAAGAGAUUGAAGGCAAGGAGAACCUGAGUGCAUUCAACAUGUACUUUGACAUCGAGGCAGCGCUUCGUCUUCCAGACGCCCACGCUGAGAAGCGAUACAACCUCUCAAGACAGAUCUGCAACACCUAUUUUGAUCCCUCUUCAAAGAAGGCUGUAGAUUUAUCCCACGACAUCUUGAAUCGUCUGAGUAGCGAGGGAGACAGACCCAACGUCAAGACCUUAGAGGCAGCCCAGAAACAUGCCAUUCCCAAGCUGGAACAGGUCUUCAGUAACUUCUGGAUUGCCCACACAGAGUCUAUGGAUGACCAGGGUGGAGGGGGCGGCGACUCCAAAUUUGACCAGGCCCUGAGGUCGGGAAGCACGCAAAGCUUGGUGCUCGCCUGGAAAAGGCGUAGACGCGGCAAGGGUCCGCACUCUGGCCAGCAGAUGCCUACAUCCCAGGAUAAGAAUGAGUUCCAGUCCUUCCUGCUCAAGUCAGCCAGGGGAGUGCCUCCUGCGAAGAUGAUGUACUUCCACCGAUACCUGAUGGAGUACGGGGACAAAGACCAAAUGCCGCUACUGGAGAAGGAUCUGGUCUUCUAUCUGGAAGUACAGAGGUUUAAGGAAGCUCAUCAUUCCUAUUCAGACAUGCUCAUGCUGAAGCGGAAGGUUGAAGUGAUUGUUGAUUGCUUCAUUGACUCCCCGGUUUCGAACCCAGGACUCCAGGUCGAUGUACCACCAGAGGUUGCCAGCAAGUUGCUCAGACUGACAGACAACUACCUGAAGGACAAAGGCAAGGAUCCUCACAACCCAACACUGUUUGAUGACGCUCAGUACACGGUCUUCAAAGAGAUGCUUCCCUAUUGGUCGGCCUUCACACGACGCUUCAAGGAAUACCACGACAAAAAUCCUAGACUUCCUUCCACAAAGGUACAGAAGCUGACCAAGCAGCGACUGAAGAAGUUUAUUGACAUGAAGGAGCCGCGGCGAGAUUUCAAGCUUCCGUCUGUCUCUACCGCACCCCAGAGCAGAACAGGAGGCACCGGCAUCACCUUCUCCAUCAGCGAGGGGCUGCAGUGGAAGAGCUUUGAGUAUUCUGAUGUGAGUGAUGGCACGGUCUCGCCUAGCCAGAGCCGCCGGCCUAGUUCCAUCGAUUCCAACGUGGGCCCACAGGUCCACAGGCUUAGGGUCGGGACAAACCGCAGUGGGCUGACGUCUCAGGAGUCUACUAGCACCAGGGCCUCACGUAGUACUGCAUCCAGGCUGGGGGUAACUGCAUGAUGUCUAUAUAGGGGCCAAUUUCUGCUUUAAAGCAGAAAUGUUUUGUUAACACUCUCAUUACCAGUGGUGAUUUAAAGGUACAUAUAAUUGUUUGCAUUUGUCGUAAUUGUAUGAAAUGGGCCUAUUUUUAACCAAAUGUAGUAUAUUGUAGUAGCUUGUGCAUGUGCACUGAAAGAACAAAGAAACACUGCAGAAACAGAAUCGGCAAAAAACAAAAUCUGCUUUUCAAAUGUUUUUAAGUCCAAUAGAUGCUGCACUUGAUUAUCUUCCUAACCUGGUACCUCUGUUUCCUAAAUUAAAAAAAAACUUGACACACUGUCACAAGGGCAAAAAUCAAUCAAAAAAUAUGCCCAACUUUUAUAUAUAAUAUACAUGGGUACUGCCAAUUUGUAUUAAAUGUAUCAUUAUGCAAACUGUAUGAACAAAGUUCAAUGGGGUUUUUCAAAGGUAUUUGUGGGACUAAAAUAUUAUUGUAGUCAAAUAUUUUAAGUGUUUUAAUACUUAAUGCCCUGAAAUUGUGUGCAAUGUUUCUUUUUUACUUUGUACAUAAUAUAACUAUUAACUACAGUGUUCUCAUAACGUUUAUAUUAAUAGGGUACAAAGCUUUCUUACUUGUCCAGUUAUUUUUUUCAACAAAAUCAUUUGAAUGAAAGCGGAAAUAUGAGGACAGAAUCCUGGUAAAGGAAAAACAGGACCAUUUGACUUGAUGGGGACACACAGGCAUUGCGCCCGAGCAUCCAAGUAUUAUGUUUCAGGGUUCCCAUGGUCAAAGGAAAAUCAUGGAAAGUCCUGGGGAAAAAAGUUGUCCUGGAAAGUCAUCGGAAAAAAAAUUAAAAAGGCAUGGAAAAAUCAUGGAAAGUCCUGGAAAAAAGUUGUCCUGGAAAGUCAUCGGAAAAAAAUUAAAAAGUCAUGGAAAAAUCAUGGAAAGUCCUGGGAAAAAAGUUGUCCUGGAAAGUCAUGGAAAAAAUAAGUAAGUCAUGGAAAAAUCAUGGAAAUCAAGAUCAUGUAAGGGGUAUUUUUGAUGGGCCUCUUUAAGAAUGGCUGUAAGGGGAGGAGGCCGUCAUUAAUUACAACUUAUUUUCAGAAGCUAAGAGAUUGUUAGCCGAACAUCAGCGGUUCAUCAGUAUCAUAAUACCAAACAACUUGUUUUCCCGCAAAAUGGUGUUAAAUGUCAUAGAAAUUUUCUUGUUUUAGUCCUGGAAAGUACUGGAAAAGUGAUGGAAUUUGGUUUUCAGAUUUCUGUGGGAACCCUGAUGUUUGUAUUGGGCAACUCAGUCACAUGUAUGGGGCAGGGCAUGUCCCUAAUUUAUCAUCGGAUUCUGAAUAGGCCAUUAUGUAUUGUGUGAUGUAAAAGCCGCUUGUGAAUGCUGUAUGUACGCUUCCAGUUUUUAAAGAAAUUGUAACAAAACCAAAGUAUUUAUUCAGCAAAUGUGUGAUUUCAAGGGUAAAAAAGUAACCAAAUAAAAGUAAUAAUGUUAUUUUGAGGAA